AAUUAUUACAUCCAUCAAUAAAUAUCAAUAUUAGUGAACUAGUACUAUUUUUAUUCUCUAUUGUUAAUUCUGCUUAUUUUUGUUCUACCACAUUUCAAUCUUUGUUAAGAAAUUCAGAUAUGAGCUUGUCCUUUAAAUAAUUUAAAUAAUAGGCGCAAAGUACAAAAAUAUUUCAUAUAAUUUUAUUCAAUAGUAUAAGAUAUUAUUUACAUUUUUCAGGGUAUGCAAUCUCUUGAUAUAAGUAUCACAGACUAGCAUAACAUAGAAAUGAAUAUUAUUCAUUACGCCGUUAAUCACAGGAAGUAAAACUGAAAUUUCUUCAAGGUCGCAUACUAUGGCUGCCAAAAAGCUUGUUUAUCCUGCCGCAGAUCGCAAUAAGGAUCCAAUAUUAUCGGUUUUAAAACGAUAUAUCCAACGCGGCACCAAUCAGACCUUCCUGGAGAUAUCCUCCGGUUCAGGACAACACGUGGCACAUUUUGCGCCGCAUUUUCCACAUGUUAUGUUUUAUCCCUCGGAAUACGAGCCGCGACUUCUGGACAGUAUCGCCGUGUAUGCGAAUGAAUACUCUAAUAUAAAAAGCCCCAUGAGAAUUGACAUCACCAUGAAUUUCCGGCUGUGGGGUAACGGUAUCUUCAAAUCGAAUAGUUUAGAAUACAUAUACAAUGCGAACAUGAUACAUAUUUCGCCAUACCAAUGCACCAUCGGCUUAUUUAACAAUGCGGGUCAGUUGCUGAAACCGAACGGAUUAUUAAUUACAUACGGUCCGUAUGCUUUCGAUGGUCAAAUCACUCCACAAAGCAAUGUAAAUUUCAACGAGUCCUUGAAAUCACAGAAUCCAAGUUGGGGUUUGCGAGAUGUAACAGAUUUGAAAAAGUUAGCUGAAGAGAACAAUAUUAAAUUAAUAGAAAUUAUAGAUAUGCCCGCUAAUAAUAAAACGUUAAUUUGGAGGAAAUAUGUUCAUCCAUAGGGAUUGUUUAUCUUAAAAUAAAUCUAUUUUUAUUCAACUGAAUUAAAGUACUAACAAUAAGACGUUCUUCGUCACGCAAGUGAUCACUAAAAACAUUUAUUUUAAUACUUUUACAGUACUAUAUACAUCUUGCAUAUUAUUUCAAAAAAUAUACACAUAUACAUAUAUACAUGUGUAUGUAUGUAUAUACACAGAGGCAAAUAUACAAUACGCGCGCUAUAUCUUACAUUAUUUAUGUUUAUGCUUAAAAUUUUAAUUCCUGAGAGAUCUUAGAUAUUGGUACAAAAUUUAUAAAAUAUAAAAAUAUCUUUUUGUUAUAAAAAAUAAUACGAUAUCGCAACAAAAUAUAUAUCUAAACUGAA